UUCUUGCUUGGGUUUCCUGUCGUCACAACAUGUUCAUAUUUUUUCUCUCUUCACUUCUCCUUUUACACAAAUAGACUCAGACUUCUGUGUUACCAGCCUUUGCUGGCCACCUUAAAGAUAAUCAACAAAUUCUACCUGAAGUACUGAGGGACACUGCCUACAAAAGGUCAUACUAUCCCAGCAUGGGCAUGAGCACUUUAAAAUUGCUGAAAUAUGUCCUGUUUUUCUUUAACUUGCUCUUUUGGGUCUGUGGCUGUUGCAUUUUGGGCUUUGGUAUCUACUUCCUGGUCCAAAACACCUAUGGAGUGCUCUUCCGUAACCUUCCCUUCCUGACACUGGGCAAUGUUCUCGUCAUUGUGGGCUCAAUUAUCAUGGUAGUUGCCUUCUUGGGCUGCAUGGGCUCAAUCAAGGAAAAUAAGUGCCUGCUUAUGUCGUUCUUUGUUCUGCUGAUGAUUAUUCUUCUUGCUGAGGUGACCUUAGCCAUCCUGCUCUUUGUGUAUGAACAAAAGCUGAACACUUAUGUGGCAGAGGGCCUGAAUGACAGCAUUCAACAUUAUCACUCAGACAACAGCACCAUGGCGGCAUGGGACUUCAUCCAGUCACAUCUGCAGUGUUGUGGUGUAAACAGCUCAAGUGAUUGGACCAGUGGUCCACCAUCUUCCUGCCCACCAGGUGCAGAUGUUCAGGGUUGCUAUAAUAAAGCAAAAUUGUGGUUUCACUCCAACUUUUUGUAUAUUGGAAUCAUUACCAUCUGUGUAUGUGUUAUACAGGUGCUGGGGAUGUCCUUUGCACUGACACUCAACUGCCAGAUUGACAAAACCAGCCAGGCCUUAGGGCUGUGACUUGCAACUGCCCUGAGCUUACAAGACUUAUUUCUCUCUGGAAAUCCAAAAAGCCCAUAGCACGAGGCCCCCAAACAAUUACCUGCCUACCUGAUAUUUUGGCUUUAUCUUAUCUCUUCCUGUAUUGGACCCCUGUCUUAUACAUCCAAGGAAGAGAUUAUUUGCCAUGAACUUCUCAUCUCAAGCAGAAGAAAAUCAUUCACCAACUGAUAGCAGUAUACUUAUCCCUUAAAGAUGGUGAACCAUACACGGGUGAAGUUUUUGGACAUGAGAGGCCAAGAGAACCUAUAGCCCUGGUGGCUCGAGAUCUAGGGAUAGCUGCAGGUAUGGAUAUAGCUCAGAGUACUGGCCUAGCAUAUGUGAGCCCCUGAAUUUAGCCCCAAGUUCUACAAAAGGUAGGUCCAAGUUUAAAUGUUAGAUUGAACAAUUGUCAAGUCAGUCCCUAGACUCUAAAUCAUGCUACUUUCACUCUGCAUAAGAGACAAGCUAAAAGGAAUUUUGGAAUCAGAUUCUCUGGACAAUUGGCAUACCCUGUUUCCUUUUUAACAUAGGCUUUGGUAAUAGGAAUGCUACAGGGAUCUCUCUCCAAAGAGGAAUAUUUCAAUUUCUUUGUUAAAAUAACUAUUUGAUUUCUCAUCCAUCCAUCCAUAAAAGACUAUAUAAUGGCUACUAUCUUAUCUUAAGCCAGUCUUAUAGCUUUUGAAUUAUAUAGCCAUAGAACAACCCAGAAGUACUAAUAUCUCCACUGUGUUAGCUGAUAAUCAUAUUCGUGUUUAUGUUGUUAUUUCUAUACCAAAUAAAGUUCUGAUAAGGCACUAUUUUAAUAAACAAAAUAGUUCAUCAUCAGUA